GUAAAGUAUUCAAAAAGACCAUCGUUGGUUUUACGCAUCAAAUUUGCAUGAUGGAGGCAGAAUACACAGGAUCAGGAUCAGGAUCAGCAUGUUGUUUUUGCUUCUCCACCAAGAAGAUUAGUGUUUCAAGGAAUGGCAAAUACAGUGGAGUUUCAAGUUCAGACCAAGUUGAAUGGGGAAAGAAUGACGAAAUACUAUCUGACAUGAGCACCUUUUCGGUCAAAGAACAAGAAAGAAGGCUGAAGAAAGCGUUGGAAGAGGAAGAGAGGGUAAGCAAAGAAGCGGAGAGGAUUGUCCAUUGGGUGAAGCAGGAAUCAGCUAGAAUUGAUGUUUCUACAGUAAAAUCAAUUCUUAGUGAUGAGGAAAAAGAAGCAACUGUUAAGAAAUAAUCGUGAGUUUAUUGAUUUCUGUUGUCUACUGUUUUCUUUCUUCUUCUUUUAAAGCUGUGGUUACAAGAAAUUGAAUAGUGUAUAAGCAUCUCUUAAUUAGAAAUACCCAUUUUUUCCCUUCUUAUAUAAAUAAACAAAAAA